AAGUAGCGACAGGCUAGCUGGUUAGCCGCUCUGAAACCAACCAGCCUGCUUGGAAACAGUCCUCCUUUGAGCCAAUUUACACCAGAAAACGAAGCUUCGUAGUUUAAUGUACGCGUCGGAGAAGGAUGCGAUUGUUUUUUUUUCCACGUUUCCUCCUCGCUUUGAAAGCUCUUCAGCUGACACAGCUCUGAGCUUUGUCUGUCUGGCUCUCCACCGCUGUUAGCCUCAUACAAGUCUGCCUGGUUUCCUUUAAAGGAGAAAAACAACGCUAAAGGACUCAAAAAGCUGCGACGUGCCUAAGAAACCCUAUUUUUUCACCAGUGGGUUGCUGUUGAGGAUUAUUUCACCAGGACAAUGAAACACACGCUUGGAAAAGGUGCUGCUUGGUGAGACAGAGGCAGUGGCUGUGCGGCAUGCUGAGGCCACUCCCCCUGGCUCAGGAUGAGUGUCAGAGAUGGCGCUGCAACCGUGGCAACGAAUGCAGGUGGAGGAGGGGGAGGUGGGUCAGAUGGCCCUAAAGAUCAAGAUGGCCGCUCAUACGUGCUUCAGAUCUAUCCACGUUUGGCUACCCAGUCAUCUACUUGUUGCAAUCUUAGAGUGCAGAAAGAUGCAACAGCAGCCUCUGUGAUCUCGGAUGCUGCUACAACACUGGGGCUGGACCCUGGCCGCAUGUAUGUGCUGGCAGAGGUGAAGGAAUGUGGUGGGGAAGAGUGGGUACUGGAAGCUGGAGACUUGCCAGUGCAGAGGUUUCUGCUGUGGCCUCGGAAAGCCCAGGAAAAACAUCCUCAGAGCCUUGGCUUUUAUUUCUUACUACAGGAGAGGAAUCAUGAUGGCUCUAUCCAUUAUGUCCACCUCCCACCUUUGUCCAAGGAGCAAGAGGUACAGCGACUCGCAGCCAGGGGCUUCCUUCCUCCUCCCCAGGAUGACUUUGCAGACCUCUGCAAUCUCCCCGUCCUCAAUGAGGACCGCAUAUUAAAUAAUCUGCGCACACGCUUUCACAAGAAAAAGAUCUACACCUAUGCAGGCAGCAUUCUCAUCGCCAUCAACCCCUUCAAGUUCCUACCCAUUUAUAACCCUAAAUAUGUCAAGAUGUACGAGAAUCACCAGCUGGGCAAACUGGAGCCUCAUAUUUUCGCCAUUGCAGAUGUGGCCUACUAUGCAAUGCUCAGGAAGAAAGUCAACCAGUGCAUUGUCAUCUCUGGAGAGAGCGGCUCAGGCAAAACCCAGAGUACAAAUUUCUUAAUCCACUGUCUGACUGCGCUCAGCCAGAAGGGCUAUGCCAGUGGGGUGGAGAGGACCAUUCUGGGAGCAGGACCAGUCCUGGAGGCCUUCGGUAACGCCAAGACAGCCCAUAACAACAACUCCAGCCGCUUUGGUAAAUUCAUCCAGGUCAACUAUCUGGAGAGUGGAGUGGUGCGAGGGGCCGUGGUGGAGAAGUAUCUCCUAGAGAAGUCUCGCCUGGUCUCCAGAGAGAAGAAUGAAAGGAACUAUCACGUCUUUUACUACCUGCUUUUGGGUGCUUCAGAGGAAGAAAGGAAGGAGUUCAGAUUGCUGCCACCUGAAGAGUACUUCUACCUCAAGCAGCAAAAUUUUAAGAUAGAAGAUGAGGAAGACUUGCGUCAUGAUUUUGAAAGGCUGCAACAGGCAAUGGAGAUGGUGGGCUUCCUCCCAGCCACCAAGAAACAGAUCUUUUCUGUGCUUUCUGCAAUCCUGUAUCUUGGCAACGUGACGUACAGGAGGAAGUCAACAGGGAGAGAUGAGGGCUUGGAUGUGGGGCCACCUGAAGUGCUGGCUACCCUUUCUGAUCUGCUGAAGGUUAAAGAGGAGCUGCUGGUUGAGGCAUUGACGAAGAGAAAAACGGUAACCGUCAAUGACAAGUUGAUCCUCCCCUACAGCCACUGUGAAGCCAUCACAGCUAGAGACUCCAUGGCCAAAUCGCUUUACAGCGCCUUGUUUGACUGGAUCGUCCUGCGCAUCAAUCACGCACUGCUCAACAAAAAAGACAUGGCAGAAUCUGUUCCUUGUUUGUCCAUCGGUGUCCUGGACAUUUUUGGUUUUGAGGACUUUGAAACCAACAGCUUUGAGCAGUUCUGCAUCAACUAUGCAAAUGAGCAGCUGCAGUACUACUUUAACCACCACAUCUUCAAUCUGGAACAGGACGAGUACCAAGCAGAAGGAAUAACUUGGCACAAUAUCGACUAUACAGACAACGUGGGCUGUAUUCAUCUCAUCAGCAAGAAACCCACUGGCUUAUUUUACUUGCUGGAUGAGGAGAGCAACUUUCCUCAUGCCACCGAUGAGACUUUGUUAGCCAAAUUCAAGCAGCAGCACCAAGGUAACAAAUACUUCGUGCCCACACCAGUCAUGGAGCCUGCCUUCGUCAUUCAGCACUUUGCAGGCAAAGUGAAAUAUCAAAUAAAGGAUUUCCGUGAGAAGAACACAGACCACAUGCGUUCAGACAUUGUUGCGUUGUUGCGCAGCAGCGACAGAGCGUAUGUGCGGCAGCUCAUCGGCAUGGACCCGGUAGCCAUGUUUCGAUGGGGGAUCCUGCGAGCCACGAUCAGGGGCAUUGCUGCCUUCAAUGAGGCUGGUCGCUCCUGGGCAGCUAAGACUUCAGGUGUCGUCCGUCCAGUCUCCAGAACUCCCUUAGGAGAGCUUCAACGAUCAAAUGCCCCAAUAGAGAGAAUGUACAAACGAGCUUCUAUGCUCGAUUUCUACUUUGAUCACUCAGAGGAGCGCCCUCUAGAGGCCUUUGAAGACAUCUUUGCUAGCUAUGAGAAUAAGAAAGAUAUGCAUGCAGAGAUCAUCAGCUCCAUUAAGAACUUGCAGAUGGAUGGUGAGGACCCUCGCAAGCUGUUGCAAUCCUGGGGUCGCCUCCGCUUCCCACGACACAUCCUCCAGAAAAACAAGAACACCAAGCCGAGGCAGGCCAUCCCCAAGAGUUUGCUGGAUUCUCGGUCUUUGAAGUUUAUUGUGAGUCUGACCCUGCAUGAUCGCACUACCAAGUCUUUGCUCCACCUGCACAAGAAGAAGAAACCCCCCAGCAUCAGCGCACAGUUCCAGAACUCUCUGACCAAACUCUUAGAGACUCUGAACAGAGCCGAGCCUUUCUUCAUUCGCUGCAUCCGCUCCAAUGCUGAAAAGAAGGAGAUGUAUCUGGACGAGGCCUUGGUGGUUCAGCAGCUGCGUUACACAGGAAUGCUGGAAACUGUUCGCAUCAGGAGGUCGGGUUAUGGAGCCAAGUACACAUUCCAGGAGUUCAUAGAGCAGUUCAGAGUUCUGCUGCCAAAGAAUACCUCCCCCUCUAAAGACGAUAUCUCAGCGCUGCUUGGGAAGAAAAUGGGCCUGGAUCCCACCAUGUACCAGAUAGGCAAAACUAAGGUGUUCCUAAAGGAGCUGGAGCGUCAGAUGUUGCAGGAUGUUCUGCACAAGGAUGUAAUGCGGAAGAUCAUUUUCCUUCAGCGCUGGUUCAGAGCUCGCCUGCAGAGGAAGGAGUUCUUAGACAUGAGACGGGCUGCCAUUUUGUUCCAGCGUUUGUGGCGUAGGUACUGCAAAGAGGAGCAGAGGCGACGUGCAGCCACUGUGAUUCAGGCUCUGUGGAGGGGACACAGACAAAGAUCAGAGUUCCACCGACAAAGACACGGUGCUACAAAAAUCCAAGCGUUGGUCCGAGGACAUUCUGCACGCAGAAGAUGUCAGUCAAUUCGUCAGGAGAAGCGGAAAAAAGAGGAGGAGGAGGAAGAAGCAGCCCGGAGAAGAGCAGAAGAAGAGGAAAGGAGGAAGAGAGAAGAGGAGGAGGAGGCAAAGAGGAAAGCAGAGGAGGAAGAAAGACUUCGAAUGGAAGAAGAAGCCCGGAGAAAUGCAGAAGAGGAGGAGGCCAAGAGGAGGGCAGAAGAGGAAGAAGCUGCCAGGGAAGCACAAAGGGAGGAAGAGGAGAAAAGACUGGCAAGAGAGCCUCAGACUAGAGAGGAUCCAGAUAUAGAACUGAUCACGGAGGAGACGCUGGAUAAAAACCUCCCUGCCAAGGAGACACAGCUGGGUGAGGAGAGAGGGGAAACUGGAGAGAUAAAUACAAACUUGCAUACGAAUGAGGGACAGAGCAAGGUUGAAGAGCUGGAGGAUGAGGAGUUGGAUUUGGAGACUUGCGGUACCCAGGCUGAGGCUGGACCUCAGCUAGAUGAGGCGGAUGAGGAGGAACAGAUGGAGGAUUUGGAGAACCAAACACAAGGACUGUCAGAUUCAAAACCUGAUCUACCUUCAGAUGGAGUCACCUCCAGUGCACUUACACCCACAUCUCCACCGCAGGGGGAGGCGAAACAGGCCAGCACUACCUCCGAGCCUGAAAGAAAGAGGGUACAACCUCCUGCUAAUAACAAGGGCCUUUCAUCCAAGAGCCAGGAGAAGAGGGAGCAGAGGAGACGGAGGGGGCUGGAGCACAACCAGAGAGAGACUGAACGAGCUGCCUCAUCCUCCUCUUCUUCAGCCGCCAGCAAAGACCAGACACCCUCACCUCAGAGCAAAAGCCAAGAGACAUCAAAGCUAAAAGAGCGGUCAGACAGCAAAGAGCUGGACCAAUACACCUUUGUGGCCUGGAAAAUGAAGGAAGACAAGGGAGUGAAGAAGGAGGGGAAAAGUUCUUCUCCUUCACCUGGUCCUGUCCGUCCAACCACGUUAUCACUUCAGCCCGCUGACUCUUUGCAUGAGAAGAAUGGUGACGGCGACGGCGCUGUAACUGUAAGCCUGCAACGCAGGCCUGGAGCAAUAAAGGAAAAGCCAGAUAAGUGGAGAGGGAGACGGAGUAACGGGGAACACUCUGAUGGCACCAGCUCCUCUCCCCCUCAAGACGGAGGGGAAAGGAUGACAAGACCGCCUCUGAGCGAAACAGUCUCUUCCUCAGUUGACAGUUUGUCUCCAGGUUCUGAGGGGGCCGGUUUCAUUUCAGCCAGAGAGAUCAUUUCCUCAUCAGAAAGUAAUGGUGAUGGCUCAAAAGGAAGUUCCUUCAAAAGAAGGAACCAAGAGGGUUCUGGUCACCAAGAAGGGAGCCAACACAUCCCGUCCACACCAGACAGAUCAGGCGGCUUCUUCAGCAAAAUCUUGAAAAAACGACCUCACAAAGAACCCCAGACUCCAGACGGAGAGCCCACAUCAGCUCAGAGUCACAAUGACAAGUCAACACCAGGAGAAGCGGCACCAUCUGGACACCCGUCUCGACCCGUUCAGCAGCCCCACGGUGAACGAGCUGUUAAGAGUUUAGGCAGGAACCCAACCAUUAAGAUCAGCCGCGCCACACGGGUCUCCGAGCAGUGGAACGCCUCGUUGGACAGAGAAAUCCCCAACGCCAACGAGCUUCGGCACCUCGAUGAAUUUCUGGGUAAUCAGGUCAACGAUUUCCGCUCCAGGGGCAAGUCGCUGUCAGCCACAGAAGCAAUCUUUGUCACAGCCACCAUGCAGUUCAGGGAGAACAUCAAGGCCAUGUAUUCUUGCCCUAAACCCACCAUGCGCUACAAAGAUCUGAUGACGGGCUACCAGAACAAAGUGAUCUCCUUGGCAAACAGCAAACAGACUGAAGAAGUCCAGCUUGUGGUUAACCUGUUCCAGUCGGUGCUGGAUGGCUUCAUCAGAGGAGAAAUGAAGAAGGAGGAGGGCGAACCUGCAAAGCCUGCUAAAGCCAGAAAGAAGAGGAGGAAAAAAGAUAAGAAUAUGGAGAGUCCCCUGGAUCACGUUUUUGUUAACUAUCAGGUCAACAUUAUGCAGUCAUGUGACCAAUGUAGCUCUUACAUCUGGGGGAUGGAGAAAGCCUACAUGUGUAGCUAUUGUAAAAUGAUCUGCCAUAAGAAGUGCCUCUCCAAAAUAGUGACUGACUGCUCCACCUUUUGUGCCAAAAAGAGUGAUGAAGAGUUCACUGGACAGCACUUCGGGGUGCGCGUGGGUCACCUGUGCAGUGAUAAGAACCCAGUACCUGUGGUACUGGAGAUGAUGCUGGAGCAUGUGGAGAUGCACGGCCUCUACACCGAAGGCAUCUAUCGCAAAUCUGGAUCUGCCAACCGCAUAAAAGAGCUGCACCAGAGACUAGAGACAGACCCCCAUCUGGUCUGCCUGGAGAACCAUCCCAUCCACACAGUAACAGGCCUGGUAAAGCAGUGGCUGCGGGAGCUGCCGGAUCCACUCAUGACCUUCACGCAUUACAGUGACUUCCUUCACGCAGUGGAACUGCCAGAGAAGCAAGAGCAGCUUCAAUCCAUCUAUAAAGUUUUGGAGGAGCUUCCCACAGCAAACUUCAACACGUUGGAGCGACUUGUUUUCCACCUUGUCAGGGUUUCUAAAGAAGAGCCUCACAACCGCAUGUCUCCCAACUCGUUGGCCAUAGUUUUUGCACCGUGUAUCCUGCGCUGCCCGGACAGUGCUGACCCACUACUCAGCAUGAGGGAUGUUGCCAAGACAACCACGUGUGUGGAGAUGAUCAUCGUUGAGCAGACCAGACGCUACAAUGAGAAGAUGGAAGAGAUCGAGCAGCUAGAAUAUGCAGAAGAGUUGGCCGUCAACCAGCUCAAACUCAAGAGAAAGAACACGAACUACUGGCAUUUACCUCUAAGGUUCUCAGCUCCUUACAAAGGAGUGGUGGUGCACGAGAAGGUCAGUUCUGAUCUCAGCGUGGUCCCUGAGAACGAGCCGCUGGACUCGGACACUGAGGCCGAGAAGAACCUUGUGGAACGCAUUAAGUCCAUCAAACAGGAGAAAGAAGAUCUGGCCUGCCGUCUGCCAGAUUUAGAGCAGCCUGGUUCAGAUCAGGAGAACUUGGACUCUGAAGCGUCAUUAAGCUCGGAGAGUCUCCUGGACGAACAGCAGCGAUCUUCUGCUCACAGCUCGGAGCCUGAAGGACGAAGAUCGCUCCGGCUGAGAAGACACAAGCCUAUUUGUCCUCCCAAACCACCAGAUCUCGCCCAGCGACCCAAAGUCCCUGGUGGACGCAUGUCUCUGUCAAACCUCACCCCUGCCAGCUCCACCUCCUCGCUGUCUAGCUGCGCUUCUUCAGCUUCCGAAUCCUCCAAGGCGGUGCUCAGACAUCCUCUGCAACGCCGCAACCCCGUCAUCCCGGACACAGUUAAACUGCCCCCAGGUGUCCACUCCCACGCUGCAGCCUCAGAUCGAGCUCACACUUCCACUUCUCCUGAAAGUGGAGCAUUCAGACACGCUGUUAGGAAACGAGAGCAGCCCGGACGCCGCAAAGACAGCACCCAGUCCCUGUACAUCGAUGGCGCAGAGCGUGACCUUUUGUUGCAAUUUUCCUCGUGCCCUCCGUCUGCUGCAAACUCUUCCUCCUCCAUUUCAAAGGCAGUGCCCUCUUUUCAUCUUGAGCACCCCGAGAUAGAAGCUUCUAAGGGACAGAGACGCUUUUCUGACCCAGACAUACCUUACAUGGAUGAUGAUGUCUGACCAGGUGGAGUAGCAAAUACUGGUAAAGGCAACAUCCCACCACUAAACAAAACAAAACCACACUCAGUGUGGAAGAGGGGAGUAUAGUAGAAGAAUGCAGCCUGGAUUACCUGUGUGAGUAAAAACGAGAGAAACAAAAUUUGCUCCUGUGGUUCCAAGAAGUUAGACUUGACAGAAAAUGGAGGCUGUUCCACCUGUCUGAGAGAAACGAAUCAAGGCACUGCAAAUGCGUUUGACAGUUUUGUUUCAUCUCAUUUGACAGUGAAAAUAACUGGACGAAUUGUUGCCAAGCACCUUUUCUAUCGUUUUAAUAUAUUGUGGUAAAGGAUGAUGAAUCAGUUGGACCAGAGACUGUUUAUGUAGCUUCAGAAUGAUUUUUUUUUUUGUAUUUUUUUUUUUUAUUAUUAUUAUUUGAGCAAAUUCAAGAAAAUAUUGCAGGUUCCAGUCGCACUUUUCAUUUUUUUUCUUUUUUUUUGUCUAAUGAGUAAAAUAUGCUUACUGAAUUGUUAGCUAGUGCCUUGAUUUUGUACAGUGAGUUAAUAACUCAUUUCUCAUAUCAUAAUUAUGGAACAGCGCUCAUAGAGGGAGGGAGGGUUAUUUGGAAUAAAGAGGGGCCUUUGUCUCAGACUUCUUUGUUUAUUGUACUGAACCGACACAAAAAAUGGAAGACAUGGUCAGACCAAGGAACUGAAACAUGCACAUUCAGUUUGAGUUCAUCUUUUAACCUGCUGCACAGCAAACACCAGAUAGGAAGUCACUGCUUUCAGAUGGCUAAGGGAAACGGGAGCAGCACACGCCACUUUCUCCAACAAAAUAAAGAAAAACACAAGCCCCACCAUACCGCCAUGCCACAACGUCUUUAAAGCUUCCUGAACUCGGCCUCUUCCUGAAUGAACGUGGUUCAACUUGGAUGUGGACUGUCUGGUGAUGAGCAAGUUCUGCUAAAGCACAUCUCUGGCCAACAUUGUAUGAAAUGUAAUACUAAUGCUCGUCUGUGACUGCUGAAUGUUAGUUUGUCUGGAUUAGUAGGAAGAUGUUCUGUUGUAUAAUGUGUAACAGAGUGUUUGUUUGGGACUGAAUGACAUGAGCUGUAAUGGUUAUUAGUAUUAACAUGAAAAUACAGUACGUGAUGCUUGUAA